AUGUCAAGACCUGCGUCAUCACUAAAGCCAAUAGGCGUCGAGAAAGAGCUGGACAGGGAGCUCAAGUCCUUUGUAGCGGAGUUUGAGAAACAUGUUGAGGGCCUCGAUAAGUUUCUGGCCGCCUUCAACACCAUCUGCACCACCUACGCCACUCACUUUUCGCGCGAUGAGAUCUUUGACCGUAUGCCACCAGAAGUGCGACGAUGGAUAGAGACGCUGGCGCACUCCAACAACAAUCGGAUCCAGAGACUCGCCGUUCGCGCCGCCUUCAAUUGGAAUGUCGACGUCAACGUUGUUGCAACCGCAUUCGCUGAUGUCAAGAGUCGGCGCUUUUUCGAAUCCAUCCUCAAGCUCUCCACCCAUGCCGACUGGCCCACAGCCCUUCGACUUCUACAAGACGCCAGACACCACCGUAUCAAUGGUGAUCCACAACAAAGGAUUUCAAGCACCCGUGACUGGGCGCCCGCCGAUGCUUGCCGCGCCCUGAGCAACCAUCUCCUCGCCGAUUCCAUCUUGGUUGAGUCGCCACCAAGACCGCCUCAGCAGCACGAGCCCAAGCCUGACACCGCGCAAAAACCUGCGCCUAAGCCCGAACCUAUCCCUCUCGGUCCCAAGAGACCCAAGCUGACGCACGGCGACAUUAGCAAGCAGUGUAGUUUAUCUCCAGAAGAGCCGAGGCGCGAGCCCGCCAAAUCGCUAUUCGAGGAUCGUAGCGUGUUCGAGCCUCUGCACAUGGGCGAUUCGCGGGGCAGCAUCAGUCCUCUUAGGAAGGGCAAGGCACAAGUGACACAAUUCUCCCCCCUCAUUUCUCGCACAUCCAAGCCGCUCAUCGCCUCCGACCCAAGCACCAACGUCAGCAAAGACGGCGACUAUUUCCCUCCUGAUUCAUUCUCCGACGACGACAUCCCCAGUCCUAUUGGCAAGGGGAAAGAUGCAGUUCGUACAACUUUUCUCCCCCGCUCGGGCGCCCGCAAACGCAAGUUUCGCCAAUCCCAGAUAGCCAAGGCCACCCAGCACGUGGAGGAUGAUGCAACCCUCAAUUCUGCCCUACAAGGCGAGGUGGACAACGAUGAUACACGUUUCGAUAGCGGCUUGGGCUUCGCUAGCAAUGGAAAUGACAACAGCUCCAGCGACGGAUCCAACCAUGGCGAUGUGGACGAAUCCGACCUAGAGGACGACCAGAGCCUCGGGCUUAACUUUUCUUUUUACGAUCACAAUUCCCCUGUUGGCGAAGCCGACGCGGGCACUUCUCUCAAUCUUCCGCCAGGCUCAAAGACCAUCACCGCUGAGGGACCAAUUGCACCAGUUCAAGAUCCUUCUCAAGACGCUCCAGAGUCGCACAGCCCUCCGCCAGCGAUCGCACCCGUCCCAGAUACCCCCCAAAGCACACCAAUGCCAAACCAUGAUCCGGAGGUGAUUGAAAUCGGCUCAGACAUCAUCCAGGGCAAUCAAGAGCCCAGCGGUGAUCCGGCGACAGUCAAACCAGCCGCUGGUGUCCUCCAGGGCCCCACAACAAGACAUAGGGCAAGGCUGGUCAGUCUGGUCACCAUGGCAGGUGUUGGAGACUCGCUUGCCAAGGGCGUUAUGCUGAAGGACCCGCCGUUGAACGCGAUGCUCCAGGUCAUCGCCGACAGUUUCCCGGGAGCGAUGUCUUUGUCAAGCCUCAGCGCUAAUUGGGGCACGUUCUCUCCCCAACAUCUCGAGCAGAUCGCGACCGCCCAGAAGCUUCUGGUCCCAUUGCACCUUGAAACACACGUUCACUGGGCUUUGGCCGUAUUGACACCAAACACCAAGAGGAUCGAGAUCUUUGACUCGCUGUCGUCCAACGCCCACCAUGCGGAUACGGAGAGGCGCAUCAAGAAGCUUAUCCCGAGAGCAUAUCCUAGGGAGACGCCACAGGAUUGGAGGAUCAUUCGGCAGGGUGCCAUUCAGCAGCGAAAUGGCGUCGACUGCGGUGUGAUGGUCUUGGUCCACGCAAUGCACUAUCUAAGCCGCACGAUGCUGCCCGAAUCCAUCAACACUGACCUAUGGAGGGAUGUGUUUCGCGACACUUUGGCAACAAUGCAAUGCAAGAUGAUGGACGGACAGUCCGCGGCGCGAGACACAGCCUUUCUUGGUCCAGUACCUGUCGCCGCCAUGCGCUCCCUCGGCAGACCCCCUACGCCCAUGCCACACAGGAUCCAAAAAGAAGCUGGCGAAAGCGUUGGUUCCAUUUACGACGCACUCGAAGCGCAGAAGAAGGUCAUCACCCUGCUAAUGAAGGAGGCCAGCAACAAGCUCUCCGAUGGCUUGGCAGCCUCCCGGGCUACCCUUGAUGAUGUCGACGACGCCACAUCGCUCCUCGAGCAGUUUGAGCGUGAAGCGGCAUCGGUUUCGGCGGCAUCGAAAGCGAAGGAGGUGGAUACAAAGAAGGAUACGAUUCAGUCUCAGAUCCAGCGCGAAAUCGAUGCGCGCCGACUCGUCCUUUUGUCUUUGAGGAACGUCCCCAACGUAGACGAGAACGACAUUCGGACACAAGAGACUAAGAUUGCGGAGCUCGAGGCGGAGGAGUCACGAGCGAACACGAGCGAAGAAACAGAGACCGAGUGGCCGGUGACUUCUUUGGCGAAGGAGUACUUGGCAUGGAGGAAGCAUCUCGUUACUGAGCGAGUGGAGGAAUGGAAGCAGGCGCUGGAUGAGGUGGAUCGACGCAACAAGGAAUGA